AUGCCUUUCAUUACCUUAUGCUAUGCACCUCGUCUUGACGCAAGAGCUAAUCACAAUUUCAGUUCUUCGGCAGCGUCGACCCCGGCGUCGUCCAGACCACGGCGCUCGGGAGCGUCAGCCACUGCAAACAAUGUUUCUUCCGCUAUUGUCCAGCGCGGGUUGGGCUCUGCAGAUGAUCGACGACAGAGCCUUAAAUUGACCGUCAAGGCUCCUCCAAGCAAGCUGCGAGAAGUCAUGCGGGCCAAUGAGGUGGAAUCACUCCAUGACACCCUUGGCGGUGGGCAAGUCCUUGAUACGCCGCGAAGCAGUCGACGCACAGCCCUCGCUGCAAGAACCAGCGCUCGAGGCAGCCGGCGCCCAACAUAUGCAGAGUACGGUGAGAGCGAUAUUGAGGAUGAAGAGGAGGAGGAUGACGAGGAAGAAGAUGACGACGACGAGGAUGAGGAAGAGGAACCCAAUGACUUCGAUCAGCUCGGUGCUGAACCUGAGGGUGACACCGAUGAUGAAGACGUGGAAAUGGAAGACGCACCUGCACCUCCACCUCCGUCCCGCCGCCAUCUUCCGCCCAAACCGCCAAAGAUUACACUGAAACCACCUGCCAAAGGAGACAACAAAUCAUCAGCCAAGCCCAAACUCAUCGUCACUCCCGCAAAAGUUGGGCCUCUCAAAUCCGUUGAGGAGCAAGAAAUGGAGGAUGCAUCGGAGGAUGUGUCGGACGAAGAUGAAGAUGAGGUCGGCAACUCGUCGGAGCUCUCUGACGAAGACGAGGAACCUACGAUAAACGUGCACGACGAAGACGCCGAGGGUGAGGAAGAAGAGAUUGUGGUUGAGGAAGACGCGCCAGGCGAAGACGAAGAAGCCGACGAGGAAGAUGAGGACGAUGAUGAGCUCGACGACAGCAGCGACGAGACGCCUGCUUCCGGUGCCGCCACUCCUGAUCUCUCUAAGAUGACGAAGAGGCAAAGGGGCAGGCCCGAGGAUCAAGGUACUCUGAUGGCGUUGGAUAUGGCACCUCAGCAGCGAAAGUUCUUCACGGACGAGGAGAAAGCAAUGAAGAAGGACGAGCACGCUAGAAAGCGAAAGGAACUGACCAAGCGCAAAGUGCAGGAGGAGAAGACGGCCGCCUUGAACAGAUUGCUCAAGCCUCAAGUCUCUAAAGCGCGAGGCGCCGCUCCGAAGCCAGAGACCUUGGCCGCGGCUGCUGCGGCUGCUGCAGCGGCUGGGUCACCAUACGAGGAGGAAGAGCUCCCACAGAGAGCUAAUCCACUGUAUACCAGAUGGGUCAGUACGCAAGAUGGUGUGAGAUUGGGUGUGCCAGAAGAGUGGUUGGGGAAGAAAGUCGGCCGCUACUUUGGUCCGCCGCUCCCAUCCAGCAGCAAUAUCCUCAUUCAAGAGGUCGAAUGA